AGGGCGCUUUCUCGACGUAGUUCACCGGGAACAGCCGAGGACGCCGCUCCGCCGAAUCCACGCGGGGCCCCCCGAUGGAAGUCGGUGCGAUCAGCUGUGCGUCAUUUCUUGUUGUGAUAAACAAGUAAUGAACGGCGGAAACACAUAAUUCAAACCAUGGAGGGAAUGCUGUACAAGUGGACCAAUUACAUAAGUGGUUGGCAGCCUCGCUGGUUUGUGCUCGAUGGAGGAACUUUGUCUUACUAUGACUCACAAGAGGAUGCCUGGAAGGGCUGCAAGGGCAGCAUUAAAAUUUCAGUUUGUGAAAUCCAAGUCCAUUCCUCUGACUCGACACGUGUGGACCUGACCAUACCAGGAGAACAGUACUUUUACCUCAGAGCCAUCAAUGCAGCAGAGAGGCAGAAAUGGCUGGUGGCGUUGGGAACGGCCAAAGCUUGCCUUACAGACAACCGAACAAAGAGAGAAAAGGAGCUCCAGGAGAACACGGAGGCACUGAAAACUAAGAUGUCAGAACUCCGACUGUACUGUGACCUUCUUCUCCAACAAGUGAACAAGAUCAAGGACAACGACGAGCAGGGAGACUCGGAGGAGACGGGCAUUGACACUGGAAACAUGGUGAAGUCUACAUGCACCACUUUCCUCAAGACUCUGGAGGAAUGCAUGCAGAUAGCAAAUCAUACUUUUAGUUCCAAUAUGGCAACACAGAGUCCACCGGGAUCUCCUCCGGUAGCAGCCAUCAAACCCCAGAAGAUUAAACCUGUCAACCAUUUAAAUCAGAACCUCGGAGAAAAAUUGAGAGAUUUGGCUGAAACCUCAGGAGAAGCAAUUGCACACGACAACCUGAGCCUCGACUCCGGAGCAGAGGGACCAGACGAACCAGGUCGACCUGAACAUCAUCCUUCCCCAUCAGACAUCGAAGCAAGCAACGACGACAGCUCCGUCCACGAAGAGCCCGUCGAUCCCGCUCUGCAUACUACCCAGAAUACCUCUGAGAUCGAACAGUACGACCAACCAGCAGAGGGGGGGGGGGAGGAAAAGGCAGCUGACGAUCAAAAGGAGACCAAACCAGAGCAGAAUCACAAAGUGGACCAAAGUCAGCAGCACGACAACAACAACAAGAAAGCGAACGCCGUCCAGCCGCAGCACCAGCAGGAGGCCGUCACCGACCGAGACGAGCCUCGGAACCAAGAGGAGAUUUCCAGGGAUUCAGUGGAGCCUGAAGACACAGAGCAGGUGGAGACUUUCUUCAGCACAAUGAGUCACAGAUUUAGUGAUAUAAGACUGGACGACGACAAUGGUAUCCCAACACACGAGUUUUUGGACUCAUGCUAUGCAAUAGUGCCUGUAUUAGACAAACUGGGCUCCACAGUCUUCGCACCAGUUAAAAUGGAUUUUGUUGGAAAUAUCAAGAAAAUUCAACAGAAGCUGAUGUCAGACCCAGACGGCUUCCCCACACUACAGUCCAUCGUGCUGCAUGAGGUCCGGACAGACGUCGCCCGCGUGCGCAACUCGGCCACCGAGGCUCUGCUGUGGCUCGGACGAGGCCUGAAGUUCCUCAAAGAGUUCCUGUCAGGGGUCCAUGCGGGAGAGCGAGACAUCCAGGGAGCGCUGAAUAACGCCUACGGAAAGACCCUUCGACAGUAUCAUGGAUGGGUUGUGCGAGGAGUAUUUGCUUUGGCACUGAGAGCUGCUCCGUCUUAUCAAAGUUUCACCGCUGCCUUGGUGUCGAGGGAGGGCGACGAGCUGAAGAGCGGCUUCAUCAGCGGCAUGCACAGGGACCUGGGCGUGUACCUGCCUGCCAUGGAGAAGCACCUGGCCCUGCUGGACGCCCUGUAUGAAGAAUACAACCUGGAGUCUGAUGAGGUGGUGUGACACUCGUGGAACAACGACACGAUCAGCGCUCAAAGGAAGAAGAGAACCUGAGCGCAGGGGCAGAGUAGUGUCUUCGCUGCCAGAGGAAGGUGCCAGAUGCCAAGUGUAUCUUGUGUACAAAAUAAUGUGAGCAUGUCCCAUGUCCGUGUGAGGUGUUUCCAGUGGUUUUAAAACUCUACUACAGUAGCGGGGCCGGGGUUGAUGAAGGUAUUAAUGUUUGAAGGAGCCCAGGAGGGGGGAAAAAGGCGAGCAUUAACAAUAAAGACACUACGGUGUGACAAAAUAUAGUUUUCAGGUCUUGUUUAAAAGACCAAUGACAGUAUAGGGGGAUUAGGCUCCAGCCAUAAUUAUUCAUGGCGGCAUUUGUUUCUGGUGCACAUUUUGUUGCUGUUAUGUGGCUUUCUAUGUACUGUACAUGUUUUAAGGUACAUAACCAGCAGGUAUUUGGCUCUACUUCCCUGGAAGAUCCUUUUGUGAUUCCCCCUCAAACCGAUGAGAAGGCAAAGAAAUCCUUAACCGAGAUUUGUCCUGUUUCCCUGGGUUCAUGAAGCAAGGUGAUACGAACACAAAGCACUAUUUUGACAAAAACAAUGUAAGAUUGUUACAAUGCCCGAUAUAUGCCAUAAUUGUGUGAUGGACUCGCAUACUGGGCUAACUUUUAGUGUAUUUGGUAAAUAUUUAUCCUGCACAGACUGUUGACGUUGAGUGGAAACCAUCUUCCCACACUUUUAAUGUACAUCCUUGAGUCAGACAAAGUAUUAUUUUUUGUUCUGAUGAGCUAUUUGCUCAUCACAAGACUUUCUGUGGGACCAAAAAGGGAACUGUCAUGUGAACUGUUGCGACAAGACAAAAAUGAAAUAACACACCAGUGUAUCUGUUCAAGUAUUGAUAACUGCUGAAUAUUUAUGUGGACAUCCUCUGCACACACCUAUGCAUUUUCAGUGUCUAUUUAUUAUGUCUUAAGUUAUAAAGUUCACACUGAGGUCAUCGGGAUAGUUUCAGUCUGGCAGCUGUUGUGUGAACGUAGGGACCUUCGUAUCCAUAGAGCAUGUUUAUCGACUGCAUGGUUUUAUUUAUUAAGGGACAUGGGCGCCAAUGGACACUGAAUAUGGGCCAACGUCUCGGGGUAAACAAGUUAAUUAAUAAUUGUUCAGGGAACUGAUGGUGAGCGUUAUAAUCCAUUGCUUCUCCUCACCUUCUGUUCUGACAAUGAACAAUAAGUCUGUGCUACACAUGUUGUCCAUGCACCUCAGCGUUUGUCACCAGCUGUAAUUAAUACUUUAUGAUGUCAGUUUAACAAUUAAUAAUAAGUGGCCAGGUUUUCAACAUAGCUGUAGAUUUGCUGAGCUAUCCGAACAAAGCUGAAACAUCCUUAUAGGGCUUCUUUUUUUUUUACCGAUACAUACCACGUAGUCUUUUUUCUUUAUUUUCCUUGUUUGAUUUUCUGGAAUUGCAUACAGAAAUACUCUUGUACAACAAAGUUAUUUGCAGCAGGUUUACAUCGCAGAUGUGCAAUAGGCCAAUUUCCUGUUGCAGAGUUCCAAAGUAAAAAAAAAAAAUGUAUUGUAAUAUUAUUAACAUUGGAUUUGUCUCGUUGUCCUAUGAAUGUAUUUAAGAUGCAAUUCGAUUUUUACCUAAUAAACAAUGAAAUUGUA